AUGGCUACAAUGGCAGACGCGAAUUUAGAUGGUAAGGGUAGUACGACUCCGGGAAGGAUUACUCGGCCGGAAACUGCGGGCGCGAAGAAUACACACUCUGAUACCACGUCGACAUCUGCCCCUGGGAAUUCAACAUCAGCAUCGGCGUCGGCUUCGGCUUCGACUUCAACUUUGCAUUCUAAUUCGAGUACGACGACAUCUUCUCCACAGCGAAUUAAUAUAAACUAUAAUCCGAGUACAAAUUCGCUUCGAAAUAUAAAUACGGGAGGAGCGGGGAUCGAAACGGGAAACGGGGAGAGGAACGGGCGCAGCGCAGAGUGCGGCAUUGACGGGUGCGGCGCUGGCUUUUUCGAAUGCGAAGGGCAAGUUGACGCCGGUGGUGCCGAAUAA